AGAUUAUUUAGUCAUAUAAAUAACAUAUUUUUUCUUAAAAUAAUUCAAUGCUAAAUAUUAAAAUAUUUUGUACGAUUAGAUGCAGACAGAAAGUUGAUACCUCCUCACAAUUCCCACCACUUAGGACAAAAAGAACCAAAAUCCCAUUACCAGAAAAGCAGACAGAGCAAAAGUCACAGUAACUUAGAAACUUUUAACUUAUGUGCUUCAAACUAGUAAGCCACUUUUCUCCAAAGUCCAAGCACUACAAGACAGACAUGUGAUCAUGAAAAACCCUCUCUCACCUAACGAAAACCAGACUUCUUUGCUCUUCUAAUGUAUCCAAUAUCUCCUUUUCUCAUUCCAAUCGUGAGGGUAUCUUUUGAUUAUCUAUUUUUACAACUAUGGCAAAUUGCAACCCUUCUUCUGAUAAGAAAUCAGAUGAAAUGGCUACAUUGGAGGUUGAAAGUGGCAGUGAUUUUAUUGUUCAUGUGUUCUCUUCAUCAUCAGAGUUGCUGGGAAAGCUGCACGAGAAGUGGAGUUCAGUGAAAAAGAAACCAUACCCAGCAAUGUAUUCCAGCAUUUUUGGAGGGAUCAUCCUUGAUCCUGCUAUGAUGGUAAUUCCUAUAGAUGAUCACAUGGUUCAUCGAGGGCAUGGUGUUUUUGAUACAGCAGUCAUUCUAGAUGGCUAUCUCUAUGAGCUGGAUGCCCAUUUAGAUCGCUUCCUCAGAUCAGCAGCAAAAGCAAGAAUCUCCUCUCCCUUUCCUCGAUCAACUCUUCGUAGCAUUCUUGUGCAAUUGACUGCAGCAUCACAGUGCAAGGAAGGAACACUAAGAUACUGGUUGAGUGCAGGUCCUGGUAAUUUCUUGCUUUCUCCUGCUGCAUGCCCUACAUCUGCUUUCUAUGCUGUAGUCAUUGAUGAUACCAUCUCCCAAUGCAAAAAUGGGGUUAAAGUGAUAACCUCCACUAUCCCAAUGAAAUCAACUCUAUUUGCUACAAUGAAGAAUGUAAAUUACUUGCCAAAUGUUCUUGCAAUAAUGGAAGCUGAAGACAAGGGUUCAUUUGCUUCUAUUUGGGUUGAUGAGGAAGGUUUUAUUGCAGAGGGUCCAAAUGUUAAUGUGGCUUUAAUAACCAAGGAUAAAGAACUUAUUUUGCCUUCAUUUGAUAAGAUCCUAAGUGGAUGUACUGCAAAAAGGCUUCUUGAAUUAGCACCUAAGUUGGUUGAGCAGGGGUGUCUUAAAAGUGUCAAAACUGCCAAUCUUACUGUUGAGGAAGCCAAAGGUGUGGCUGAAAUGAUGUAUGUAGGAAGCACGCUACCCAUAUUGCCAAUCAUCAUGUGGGAUGAACAACCCGUAGGAGAUGGAAAAGUGGGAGAUUUGACAAUGGCACUCUCUGAUCUGCUUUGGCAUGAUAUGGUAGCAGGUCCUGAUACACAGAGGUUAUGUGUUCCAUAUAAUAACUGAAACCAAAGUUCACCAAGGGGGCUAGAAAAGGGAUCAUGCUGCUAGGGAUCUUGGUGCUUAUUAUUCCUGCAGUACGUUCUUGCAAGAGCCUCAUGUAUGCUUUGUUUUUGCUUCUUUCUGAAUGAAUUUGGAAAAAAGGUCUUGAAUAAGAAGCCAGUAGCUUGCAUUGCUGUUUGUGUUAUUUUGCAAGAGCAUAAUGUUGAUGACUCAUUAUUUGAUAUAGUAAAUAUUUUCACUAUCCUGAAUUGAAGCAUUACAUACCUGGAACGACUCUUUGAUACCUAUAUAUUAUUGACAACAAUCUAUAAGUUCACAUACACACACACACAGAAAACAUGCUAAAUUGUGUAACUUCAUGGUGUUUAGGAUGAUACUAGUCAAUUCUUCAUGUGAGUCUAAUUCAAUGAUGCUGUAACUAAUAGCAACUAGCGAAGAAAAUAAUCUGACCUUCCCUCAUAUUGAUUCUUCUUACAUGGAGUAUUGCAUAUUGAAGCAUGUCUAAUUUCCCUUUUACUUCUGUAUUAUUCUGUCUUUUUUAUCGAGAAGCUGCUAGAAACAUAUGCACAAUUUUACUGUUAUUUAGUGAGAGUCAUUUUGGAGGCUGUUUUGAAUAAUCACUUUUCACCUAAUAGGGAAAGAAAUAGAAUGGAUGAUGAUAAGAUAGGGAAGCAUGGAUUCUUGGGAUUAUGAUUUAUGAUGAAAUAUGAAACCUGAAAGGGAAACAAAUGGUGAAAACUGGCAGUGAAACUGAAUACUGGUGGGAAACUUGUGAAUUUUAAAAGUCAAAACUUUUGGUAACAAAGUCCUCUGUUUAUUUAUUUUGUUGGAAGUAUAUGCACCCUAGUCCAUUUACUUUUUAUGAGUAAAGUUCAAUAGGAAUUUCUAUGCAUCUAAGUUUUCUGGAAAUAUUUCCUCUAGU